AUGACGAUUGGUAACUUUGCCACUGACAAAAAGGCGCUUCCGUUCUCCGAGCAGCACUACUUUUCCUCAUACGACCACUUUGGUAUCCACGAGGAAAUGUUGAAGGACACUGUGCGCACGCUGUCGUACAGAAACGCGAUUAUGAAAAACAGACACCUGUUUAAGGAUAAGAUUGUUUUGGAUGUGGGAUGCGGAACGGGAAUUCUGUCGAUGUUUGCCGCCAGAGCCGGGGCCAAGCACGUGAUAGCCGUGGACAUGUCGAACAUCAUUGAGAUGGCUCAGCAGAUCGUCGACAUCAACGGUUUCUCAGACAAAAUCACGCUCCUCAAAGGAAAGCUGGAAGAUGUCGAGAUGCCUUACGAUAAGGUGGAUAUCAUCAUAUCUGAGUGGAUGGGAUACUUUCUGCUUUACGAAUCCAUGUUGGAUACAGUGUUGGUGGCCAGGGACAGGUACCUGAAACCAGGCGGGUUAAUCUUCCCUGAUAAGGCCAAUAUCCAGGUUGCCCUCAUUGAGGAUGGCAGCUACAAAGACGAAAAAAUCUUUUACUGGGAGGACGUUUAUGGAUUCGACUACUCGCCGUUCAUUCCUCUUGUGAUGACGCAGCCGCUUAUCGAGACCGUCGAGAACAAGACGGUGGUGACCAAUCAUUAUAAGCUGAUCGAGUUCGACCUCAACACCGUCACGAUUGACGAGCUGGCUUUCCACAAACAAUUUAAGCUGACGGCCACCAGAGACGAUCUAGCACACGCAUUGGUUGCGUGGUUUGAUAUCGAGUUCCCUUACGACCAACCACAGAACAAGGUUGUAUUCUCUACCGGUCCGCACGUGAAUUACACGCACUGGCAGCAGACAAUUUUUUAUCUGGACCAGGUGCUGGACCUGAAAAGAGGCGAGACUAUCGAGGGCUCGCUGGCCUCGAGACCCAACGAGCACAACAACAGAGAGCUCGACAUUGAGCUGGAGUGGGACUUCAGAGCCUCGGGCGACCACGAUUCGCGCCAGCAAAGAGGCAAGUUCAACUACUUCUUGCGGUAA